AACAAAUUAUUAAUAAUAUCACAGUUAGAAUACUAUAUUUACUACUAGUUUUUUAAAAAUGCAAUUAUUAAAACAAAUAUUGUUAUUUGCAGUUAUUGUAGUAUCAGCAGUAAAAGCUUCAUCACUUGUAUGGAUCAAAUCAAAUGAAUUGGAGGCCGAUAUCACUAAAGAGAAAUUAUUGUCAGAUAUACAUAACAUAACCCAUGAAAUAACCAAAUUGUCUGCUGAAUGGAAAGCUAAAGGUUGCGAUGAUUUGGCCAAACAAUUGGACGUAUAUUUAACUAAAUUGUCGGGUAUUCAGCAUAACGUAGAAAAAGCUGAUCCCAAGACAGUUGACGGACAGGUAGUUAUUGAAAGUAUGUCCAUAGCGUUUGACAGUUUGAUCACUGAAAUAAAAGAAACAGUUAUUAUUGGUAAUCGACAAAUUGGCAAAAAUAACAAACAAAUAGUCAAACAAUUUGCAUACAAUUUGUUUUCUUAUAACAGAAGUUUAACUGAUUUUAUAAAUAAAUUGAAACGUUAUGAGGAUAAUGUACUGGAAAAAAUUAAUUCAACAAAACUUAAUCAACUAAUUGAUUUGGCCAAAAAAGAUACCCAGAUUAUUGAAUCAAUUGUAAAAAAUUGGACAACCAUAACUGAUUUUGGGACAGCCUAUUAUCAAAUUGGUAGCUUAUCACCUACCAAAGCUGAGUUAGUUGAUUUGCUCAAUAAAGAUAUUGUAACGACAAGUAAAUAUGUAACUGAAUGGCGGGGUAAAGGCUAUGAGGAGUUGGCCAAAAAAAUUACAGUAAUUGAUACAAAAUUGAAGUCAAUGUUAUCGAGUGUGGAAAAAGCAGAUCCGAAAACACCUGACGGACAGGUCCUCAUUGAAGGUAUGGCUGUGGCCCGGGAACGGGUCCAACAGGACUAUAUUAAACUGAUUACUGAAGGAAAUCAAGAAAUUGGCAAAAAUAAUAGACAAUUAGUUGGAAAACUGUCGGACACUGUAGACAACUAUAGGAAAGUGGCAGAAAUUUUAAGCAAUAAGAUUCAAUCAAUUGAUGAUAUUAUAGUCUCAAAGUUAGACACAUCAGUGCUUAGAGUAUUACAACAACAAUCUAUUGAUAAUAACAAAGAUAUUCAAACAAUGAGCAGAGACUGGUAAUUAAAUAUAUAAUUUAUAAUAA